UAGCAACUUUUUGUUAUUGUUGGUUUUUUCUCUUUUUGCAGUGUUUUGUUGAGUGUGUGUGCGUUCGUGUUUACAAAAAUUUAGUCAUUGAAAAUUAAACAAAUCUUAAAAAACAAGAAUUUUAAAAUUCAAUCAGAAAAAAAUCUCUUUGGAAAAAAUGGUACGUCGCAAGGCAACCUCACCAUCAAUGAUGCCAGCCGGAGGAGCGGAAGCAUCCGCAACAACAACAACAAUGCCGGCAUUAUCAUCAUUGCCGUGUAACCUCCUCAUGUUUCUGGGAUUAUUUGCCAUUGUCAUGCAAUGUGAUGCACGUGCGGUAAAUGUCAGCAACACUUGGACAAUGCCACAGGAGGGUCUUAAUGUCUUCUACCGUUUCUUUCGAGAUCGGAUAUCAUGGUUCGAAGCAGAUGCUGUUUGUCAAUUUCAUCAUGCCAAUCUGGUGACAGUCGACAACAGUUUUCAAUUUGAUGCAACCAGAGACCUUUUACGAGAAUUAGAUGUUAACGACAUCGUUUGGAUUGGUCUGAUGAGACCGCAAAGCUCGGAUCGUUUUAUGUGGUCUAGCAACUCUCGACCUUUGGUGGCUGACACCGGUUAUUGGGCCGAAUCUUUGCCCCUAAUGGAUGCACCUCUGUGUGCCGUUAUUGAUCCCAUACGUGAUUAUCGUUGGCAUGCUCUGCGUUGUGGUGGUCCGGAGACAGCAUCGUUUUUGUGUGAAAUGCCAGUACCAACUUGGGCUGAUGUUUGCAUCCUCAAGGAUAUGCCAAAUUUAACAAUGCAAUAUAUGGCCGAUACAGCAAGCAUUGAACUUAUACGCAAUUGCCAGGAAGAGGGUCUAUUGCGGACAACAUGUCAAGGAAAGCAGGAUCGCGAACGAGCUCUCCAGGAUCUGAUUUGUCCACGCGAACGUCUUGAAGCUCAGCGUAUCAAUGACAUUACCAAUUCCCAUUUUAAGUCGCUGCAAAUAAUCAACAGCAUACCAUCGGAUAAUAAUGAGAAUAAUGACAUUGAACUACUGCCCAUGGAUGUCAACUAUGGCCCUUCACAUUAUAGCCCCGAAGAAGAUCUCCAAACCGAAAAGAAUACUGUACAACGUCUCAUUGAACAAUUCAAUGUGGAUGAGCUAAUGCAGGCCGAUGAACCCGCAAAUAUGGACACCGUCAGUUCGUUCUAUAAAAUACCUGGUUUGAUUCCAAAACCUGUUAAGAAAUCGGCCAAGAAAGUGGUUGAAUAUACCAAGAAAGAGAGUGUAAAGAAGCAGACGGCCACACAACAGCAAAAGGAUAAGAAUUCGGCUCGCAUGCCCUUGGAUAUGGAGGAUAUGAUGUUGGGUGAUCAGCCUCAGGGUGAGCCCGAAAUGCCCGAACAGAUCCUUAAUGAAGAGGUGUCGAAUGAGAUUUUGGAACCAUUGCCGCACAUCAAGAAGACCAACAUACACAAGGAGGCCAUGGAGAAAAUGGAGAAAGAGGCCAUUGCCAUGAAGGAGAGCGCCCAAAAGAGCAAAGAAAUUGUGGCCCAAAUGAAGAAGGCGGCAGCUGCUGCAGCGGCGGCGGCAAUUACCAGUACCACUACCACCACGGAGAUAGUGCCGACAACAACAGUUGCUGAGGUUUCCACAACAUUGAGGUCUAAAUCUGGCCCCACAACUACGGAGACAGUUGUGGGUUCCUCAACAACUACAGCAACCACCACCACCCCUUCGACCACUAAGGAUACAGAAAUUACAACCACACAUCAUAGCUAUCAAGAAAUGUCCACAACAAGCGAUGGAGAAUCCUCAACAUUGAGUCAUGGGGCCUCCUCGACUGUUGCUCCAGCCACCAUUGGCCAUCCCAUGCACCCCCAACAAGCUCGCAGCUCCGUCAUAACCGAAGAAACCCAACAUGGCCAUGUUAAAGAGUCAGCUGACAACUCACAUUUCAUUCCGCCCAUGUUGAUGGUGAAAUCUCAUUAUGUUCCCCAGGCCAACAAACAUGGCCACAAUGAACAUCAAGGACAUGCACCUCAUGCUCCGGGGGGCCAACAGCCGCAGCAGCAACAUCACAUGGAUUCCAACACCCACUACAAUGAAGAUGCUACAAUGACGUCGCCGACACCAAAGAGUCACUCUGACAUGGCGAUGACAACAACAGCUAAGGCGAUAGAUGUUGAGUCCACAACCACACUGAAAUCCAAGGACAUUGAAAGAACAUUCGAAGAGAAUCAAAGUCAGACACAUCAGCAGUUGGCCGAGGAAGAGGAAAAGAAAAUUACCACCGAAUCAGCUGGACUUUUGCAAAUGAAAACGGACAAAGUAUCAGAGGGUGAGACCGAGGGGAGAGAAGAACAGACAACAGAAAAUGGCAACAUGAUACCAAUUACUCAGUCCCAACGAACAAAGGAAGAGGAACCGGAAGAACAGCAAAUCGGUAAACAUAACCAAAAUAUGAAAUUGGAGGAGGAAGUUCUGGCAACGAGUCAUGCAAAUGGCCAAGGCGAAGAAGAUGAAGUUGAUUCAACUCCAGUCACACCAUUGACCACCACAUCGCCACCUCAAUCCGUUGCUGACGAGCAGACCAGCACCACCACCACCACAACCAUAAAUCCCCACGAAGACAAAACUUUGCAGACAACCACAAUGAAGCUGGUCGAACAAACCGAAAAUCCAAAUUCCAGUGAUGACAUUGCAGAUAAAACCGAGCUGCCAACUGGGGCUCGGACGACACAAGCUACUGAUGCCGUGGCUGUGACAAAAGCAAUUGUAAUGAAAGAGGAAGAAUCCGACGAGACAGAACAAACCACAAAACUAGUCGAGGAGACAGCAGCACCAGCAACGAUGACGGCGUCGGCGGCAGAAGAAGGACAUCCAAUUUCAGAGGAAAAACAUGAUUUGGUAACAGAAACACCAACGCCAAUAGGAUUAACAACCCCAGCUGCAGUGGCCACCGAAAGCCAGAAUCGCCAAGAAUCCAAGACGACAACAACGAAUUUGAAUAAAGCAAAAUAUGCAGAAAAAAGUGUUACAACCACUGCGGAACAAGUUAGUCAAACAACUGCCCGAGUAACACCAGAUGAUACAAAGAAAAUCCUUGCUACGGAUAUCCAAACAACAUCCGGUUUAAUUGCAGCAACAGAACACAAAGAAAUAAUCACAACUGAGGCCACGGAAGGAGGAAGAGAAUCGGCGGCCAAGGGUGAAACAACGGAUGUGACUACAUUAAAGGCAACAGAAUCCACCAGUUCUCCAGGCGCCAGCACAACACUAAAACCCACAACAGAAACGAAUGAAACUAACACUAACAACCCACCCACAACAGAAGCAACGACAAAGAUUUCGGAAACUACAAGCAGUAGCAGCCAAACAACAUCAGCACCAUCAUCUGCAUUGCCUUCUUCCACCAUUACCACCACAACAGCAGAAAUUUCUACUACCACAACUACGACCACCACCACAACAACAACACUUCCACCUCCCAUCAGCUCCACCACCUCAACAACAACAGCAGCAGCACCAACAACAAAUUUGGCAUCGGAAACUACACGAAAUUUCUUAAAAGUUACCACAGAAAUGCCAUUUAAACCAAAUCGCCGACGCUCUCUAACCAAACCGGAAACCGUAAGUUAUAUGAAGAAAAUUUUAGGUUAAGUUUUACAAAAACAGAAACAAACACAUAACUCAAUAACAAAAACAACAAGAACGUGAUGAAAGGUAUUUAGGAAAAAAAGGAACUUGAAAGAGAAUUUCAGGUUUUGUAUAUUAGGGUGGGUCGGAUAAUUCUAUAUCUGAAGGUCUUGUGGGUAUGGGAGGUGGUCUUCUGUAGUUAUUCAUGUCUGUGUUAGGCCUUUUAUGGGUUCUCCAAAAGUUCUCUAGGUCUUCAGGGCAUAGGAGAUGGUUUUCUGUAGUUAUUCAUGUGUGUUAGGCCUUUUAUGGGUUCUCCAAAAGUGGAAUACCUUUAACGGUUUUUUAUGGUCUGAGGACCUUUUAGAAGACUUCUAUGGUAAGAAUAGGAGCUUUUGGCAGUAGAUGAUCUUGUAUAGGUCCAUAGCCUUCUGGGCAUAGGAGGAGACCUUCUGUAUUUCUACAUGUCUGUUUUGGGUCUUUUACGGGUUUCUAAAAGUAAAAUGCCUUUUGGAAGUCUUUGGACCUUUCAAUAGACUUCUAUGGCAAAAAGAAGAGCUUUUUCCAGUAGAAAACCUUGUAUGGGUCCAUAGUCUUCUGAGCAUAGGAAGAGGUCUUUUAUAUUUCUACAUGCCUGCUUGGGACCUCUUACAGGUUCUCCAAAAGUAGGUCUUAAGGAGAUAUUUUAAAAUACUUCUAUUGUUAGAAGAAGAACUUUUGCCAGUAGAAGAUUGUGUGCGGGUCUAUAGAUGGAAGAGCUUUUAAAGGUUUUCUAUAUCUCGAAGAUAUAGAAUGGUUUGAAGACCUAUUACAUAUCUUUUACGUAAACUGUAAGCUUUUAAGCCUGGUCUUUCAAUGGUUGUUUAUAGCUCUGCAAGUCUUCUUUGGAUAGUAGUCCUUUUGAGAGAUUUCAUGGGUCGAAAAGCUUUUACAGCUCCUCUUCUAUAUAUGUAGAAAUAUCUGCUUCAGACUUUUUACGGGUCCUACAAAAGUAGAAUGGCUUUUACAGGUCUUAAGUGGUCUGAGGAUCUUUAAAAAGAGGAGAAGAGCUUGUAUACGUCUAAAGCUAGAAGAGCUUUUAAAGGACUUUGAAUGCUAAUAUAUCUUUAUAUUUAGGGGACUUAUAGUUGGAAGACCUUUUGCAUAUGGCUGUGAGCUUUUAAGCCAGUCAUCUGUAGAUUUUAGGUCUUUCACAGGUUCUCUAGACAAGUUACAAGUCUUCUUUGAGUAGACGUUCCUUGGAUGGAUUUUUGGCCAGAUCUUCUAUAGCUUGAGAAACUUUUACAGGUAUGCUGUGGAUAGACGAGCUUUUACAGCUCUUCUGUGACUAGAAGGACUUUAACAGGUAAUCGGAAGAAGGACUUAUAAAAGUCUUCUAUGGCAAGAAAAGCUUGUAAAGUUUUUCUAUGGCUAGAAUAGCUUAUAUACAUAGGUCUUCUAUAGGUUUAAAGGUCUACUGUAGACGUAAGUGCUGUCACAGCUUUUCUAUGGUUAGAAGACGUUUCAUAGAUAUUAUAUGGAUAUUAUCUGGAAGAGCUUUUAAAGGUCUUCUAUAGCUAAAAGAUCGUGUACAGGUUUUUUGUGGCCAGAAGCUCUUAAUCAUGUGCUCCUAUGGCCAGAUGAGAUUUUACAGGUAUUCCAUAGCUAGUAUUUCUUCUAGAGGGUGUCUAUGGUUAGAAGAGCUUUACAGAUCAUCUUUGGCCAAAAGAGCUUUUACAAGUGUCUAUGGCUAGGCAAAAUUUUAUGAGUAGAAGAGCUUUUGUAGGUUUUCUGUGUCUAGAAGUACUUUUGCAGGUAUUCUGUUGCCAGUUGAACUCUUAAAUGGCUUCCAUGACCAGAAGAGCUUUUACAUGUAUUCCACGGCUAGAGGGAAUUUCGAAGGCGUUAUAUGGUAAUAAGAGCUUUUGGAGGACGUCUUUGGCUAAAAGAGCUUUAACAAGUUUCUAUGGCUAAACAAGGUUUUUCAGGUACUUUUACAUGGUUUCUAUGACAAAGUAAGCUUUUACAGGUAGUCCAUUUCUAGAAGAACUUCUAAAGGCUUUCUAUGGUCAGAAGAGCUUUUAGCGGACUUUUUAUGCCAAAAGAGCUUUUACAAGUUUAUAUGGCGAAGCAAUACUUUACAGGUAUUUUAUAGCUGGAAGAGCUUUUGCCGAUCUUCUGUGGCUAGAGGUCAUUUCGGAGGUCUUAUGUGACCUGAAAAUGUUUACAUGGUUUCUAUGACCAAAAGAGCUUUUACUGGUAUUUAAUAGCUAGAAGGUCUUUUAGAGGCUUUCUAUUGUUAGAAGAGCAUCUGGAGGACUUCUUUGGCCAAAAGAGCUUUUACAGCUCUUUUUUUACCAAAAGAGCUUAGGAGAGCUUUUGACUAUCUUCUGUGGUUAGAAGUUCAUGCUCAGGUCUUCUGUUGCUAGAAUUCUUUUCGCUGGUCUUCUAAGGCUUAAAGACUGGUCUCCUUUGGCUAGAAUAGACAUUAACAAUCUUCUUUGGCUAGAGGAACUUUUAAAGUCAUUUCAUGGCUGGAAGGUCGUUUAUAGGUUUUUAUGGUUAGGAGAGCUUUUACAGAUCUUCUUUGGUCAGAAAACUUUUACAGGUUUCUGUGAGUAAACAAAAUUAAAGUAGAGAAGCUUUUACAGGUUCUCUAUAGCUAAAAGAGCUUUUACAUGUAUUAUAUGGCUACAAGGGGAAUUCUUUGGCCAGAAGGCAGGUUUUCUGCACCUUUAGAACUUUCUACAUGCCAUUUAGACUACGGCACCUUUAGAACUUUUUGUAGUUUUCUAUUGCUAUGAAAGCUUUUGUAUGUCGUAUGUGACUAGAAGAGCUUGUACAUGUUUUCUGGGGACAAAAACGACCAGAAAACGUUUUAUUGGCAUCUAGAAGACUUCUUACAGGUUUUUGAUGGCUACGAGACCCUUUACUAUUCCUCAAAGUUAUGCCACCUUUUAUAGGGAUUCUUUAUCUGGGAGACCUUCCCAGGGGUUUCUAUAUCUAAUUAGCUAUGAGAGCUUUUAUAUGACGUAUGUGGCCAGAAUAGCUUUUACAGUUUCUCGGAUGACAAAAAGAGUAGAAGUUUUAUUGUCCUUGAAAAUCUAAAAGACUUUUUACAAGUUUUUGAUAGCUAGAAGACCCUCUACUAUUUCUCUAAGGUUACACCACCUUUUGCAGGGGGUCUCUAUGCCUCCCUGAGUUUCUAUAUCUAAAAGGUUAUAGAUUUUAUAUGAUUUUUUAAAGUUCUUUUCUUUAGAUGUGAUAUUGUAAUAGGUGUUACAGAAUUGUUAUACCUUUUAUAGAUCCAAGACCUUCUGCAGGUCUUCUACAUGACUUUUUACAUCCCAGAAGUCCUUAUCUAGGCCUCCUUUACAGGACGAUCUUUCACAGCUAUCAGCUACAUAUUGGCAUUCCUCCAUGUAUUGAAUAUCAUUCUUAAUAUCCGGCACACCCUAAUAUACAAACGAAAGAGCAACUUAUGACAUCCUUUUGCGAACAGAAAUAGUAACAUAAUAAAAUGUAGAGAAUCUAUACAAAACAUGCACAAAAUGAAUAUAACUUCUAACAGGUUUUAGAGAGUUACAAACAAAACAAAAAUAAUAAAAUUCAGUAGCAUAGCAACAUAACAACAACAUGUAUAUCCUUAAUCCUUUAAACUUAAACUUAAACUAAAACACACUUUGUUUUGUGGAAGAACAAAUUAAAUAAAUUUUGUAUAUUUUACCUUUAAGUCAUUUUAGAAUUAUUUACAUAAGUCCCACUCCAGUUCGUUUUUUAUGUUGUUUUUAUAAUUCAGUUAAAAUAACAAUAUAACCCUUUUCCCCUUCUCCCAAAAAACUAAAAAAAGGAUUAAGGUAACACCACACACACGAACAAACCAUAGUCGGCAUGGAAAUAAUAAAUUAUUUGUGAACAAGAGAAAAAUGUCAGUAAUAGUCUGUAAAAAAAAUCCCAACACAAAACAUAACACAGAACAUUAAAUUGUAUUAAAAAAAACGACGGAGAACAAGGACAAGAACAAGAAAAAUAAAUAAACCCGAAAACCAAAAAAUAUCCAACUCAAAAAAAAAAAAAAUGGAAAAACAUGUUGGUAUAGUCAGAGUCAAUUUAUAAGAAAAAUAAAUCUAAAAAAACCAAAACCCCCAAAAAACAGGAUGUACGUUUGUUACACUGGUCUUCCCGUUUUAAACAACAGACCCUUAACACAAACAAACAAACACACACACACAAGGACACCACUAACAAGGAUGUUGAGUAAUGAAAACAACAACACACCAUUCACAAAUGUAUGUCAUGCAACAGAAAAUGCCAAAUAAAUUUAUUGAAUACAAAAUUUAAUUAUAUUUAAAAGGAA